AUGAAGGAUAGUGAUGACUAUGGUAAAGAAGAUAAUGAUUACAGCGAAGAUUAUGAUGAUCAUGAAAAUGAUGAUCACAGUGAAAAAGAUGAUGAUCACAAUAAAAAUGAUGAUCACAACAAAGAUGAUGACUACGGCGAAGAAAAUGAUAAUCAUAAUGAAGAUGAUGAUCAUGAUAAAGAAGAUAAUAAUAAUCAUAGUGAAAAGGAUAAUGAUUAUUACUAUAAUGAUGAAAAUAUUUAUUAUGAUGAUAACGAAAAUAUUUAUUACAAUGAUAAUAAUGGUGAUAGUAAUAAAGAUGAAAUAGAAAAAUAUAACGAUUGGAGAGAAAGCGAUAAUAUUUUUGAUGAUAGAGAUAAUUUGGCUUGUUUUACAAAUAGAUCUGGCUAA